GCCUUGCCGGUGUGGGUGCUACGAAUGUUGGCAUGACACUGAACACUGUCCUCUCCCUAAUAGCCAUCUCUUCCUAAUUAUGGUCACUUGUCUUGUACUGAUGAUAGGCGCCAGUGUGGACCUCAGCAUGGGCACCAUCUACUCUCACAGCGACAGUCGCUCCUACGGACGCUGCAUCUGUUCUGCCUUGGCCUACGCCGGGGCUACCUGGGCCACCUACGCUUGGGCUCACCUUGUCAUCUUUCAAAAGUCUACGGAGGAACAGCUCUCUCAGCCAUCGCCUUCGGCAUUGUUGACGGACAGGCAAACGCAAGAGCAGUAUCCCGAACUCGUCCGGACAACACGCUUGAUCAGUGGCGUCCUCACCUUCCUGAUCGGCCUCUUUGAAGUGUGCUGGCGAAUUACUUUAGUGCGCGACUACUCGAUUGGCUGGCACCUUCAACAAACUAGCACGAUGUUGCAAUUCAUUUUCCUCCUCUUGGUGGGAAUUCCUGUAGCGCGCUUUUGCAGCUACGAAUGGAUCGAGUGCCAGCAGGCUCGAGACGUCUUCCACUGGCUAGCUACCUCCUGUCUCUUCAUUGGAUGGGCUGUUGGCACAGGUCGCCUUGCCGCUGCUUUCAGGAUCUUGGGCUUCUGCGAGUCACCUCUAGGUAGACUGCUCUGGCUUCUUCAGCUUGUCUGCUUCACGAUCACCGCUAUUUCUCUCCAUGUCAUGGAGCAGAGACAUGAUGCCGAGCAAGUCGGCGAAUUCAAAGGUGUCGUCAUCGAGAAGCCUCUGCCUUGCAUACCAGGCGAGGUUCACAACGGCCGACGGUUGACAAAUGUGGCGGCAGCACUGACUCAUCGAGGGAGUAAUGAAGCAGCGCAAGCGAUGGAUGUGACGCCGGGGCUCUCAGACGGACAGCCGCAAGGUCUCGCCUUGAUGCGUACGCCUCGACGCAAGCAACCUCUCGUCGAGGGUUCAAGUGCCUUUCCGGUACCCCCAUCGACGCCAGCUGGCGUGCCUUCAAGUGUCUAUCUGCCUGCCGAGACGCCUAGCAUGUACCUAGAUUCCAUGCGAGCAGAGUAUCUAGCUUCUGGUCCAAGGGAGCGUGCGAUCAGUCUGCCGCUCAACAGGCUUCCAACUACGCCUUCGUCGCACGGAGGGGGUCCGAGCCUGUCCGAUCUUGUCAUGGGCCUUCCCAAGCCGAACACUAGCAACGGGAAGCUCUCACACCGAGGGCGAAGUUCCUCCCUGGGAGAUGCGCUGACCAGAAGAACGAGUCACGACACAUUCAUGGCGAUGAAACGUCGCUAUGAAGGCAGGGCACAGGCCGAGAAACAUCGACGCGCACGUAGUGCUAGCUCUGACAUGACCCACCUGACCGUGACAAGGUAAACAGAUUGUGCAUAGGUUGAGUGGCACGGACACUGUAUGGAGGCUGAACGGUAUUACACCUAUACCCUUACCCAC